UUGUUUUUGAAACAUCAAUAACAUAUCAAGUGCAAAUUGUUUGUGGAAGUGAUAUCGGCAUCGUACAUAUAAUAAAUAAAUGUGUUAAAUUUGAUACAUAACAAAUCAGAGUAAAAAUAUUACUCUCAUUUAGUGCGAAUCAGUCAAAUAAACAAAAGCAACAUCUAUUUUAAAAUCAAAUAGCUUUUAGUUGACCGCCAUCAUUCUACCGGCGCAGCAAUUAGGGGCUGCGGCCGUAGCCCCAUGGCCGACUACGCCGCUUACUAUGGACGAUAUGGCGCACAAAGGUCACAGCGGUGUGAACCAGCUAGGGGGGGUGUUCGUCAGCGGCCGACCCUUGCCAGAUUCCACCCGGCAGAAAAUCGUUGAAUUGGCACAUUCGGGCGCCCGUCCAUGUGAUAUAUCCCGUAUACUCCAGGUCUCCAAUGGCUGUGUAUCCAAAAUUUUAGGAAGAUAUUAUGAAACUGGUUCAAUAAGGCCACGUGCAAUUGGUGGUUCCAAACCACGUGUAGCAACUGCUGAAGUAGUCAGCAAAAUAUCUACAUACAAAAGAGAAUGUCCGUCCAUAUUCGCGUGGGAAAUUCGUGAUCGAUUGCUUCAAGAAGGAGUAUGCAGUAAUGAUAAUAUUCCAAGUGUUUCGUCAAUAAAUCGAGUUUUAAGAAAUUUAGCAGCACAAAAAGAACAACAAACACAGCAAUCAGGCUCAUCACCAAUAUCUUCAUCGCCUCAUGGUGCUGAUUCAGUAUACGAUAAAUUACGAAUAUUGAACGGACAAACAACAGCCGGUUGGCCAACACGUCCAAAUCCAUGGUCAUCAUAUCCAUCAUCGGCCGGUAGUCCGUUUCCCUUACAACCAAUAAGUCCUGGACCUAAUCCAGUUGGUUGUACUAUUUUACCAGACGACAUGCAUUCAAAAAAAGUUACAGAUUUGGACGCGGGUGUUCAUUCAGAUGAAACAAAUUCAGGCGAUAAUUCAAAUGCAGGUUCCAGUGCGGGAGCUCCAGAAGAUGAUCAAGCUCGUUUACGUCUCAAAAGAAAAUUGCAAAGAAAUCGGACGUCCUUUACAAAUGAACAAAUAGAUAGUUUAGAAAAAGAUUUAAUUUCAGAAUUUGAACGUACUCAUUAUCCAGAUGUAUUCGCACGUGAACGUUUAGCUGCAAAAAUUGGUUUACCUGAGGCACGUAUCCAAGUGUGGUUUUCCAAUCGACGUGCAAAAUGGCGACGUGAAGAAAAAUUACGUAAUCAACGACGUGGUUCAAAUUCAAAUAAUAACAAUAAUAAUAAUAAUAACAAUAAUGUACCGAAUACGGUACCUGGUUCAAUUCAGAAUACUGGUCUUAUUGAACAUCAUCCACCACCUCCAAGUGUUUCACCGCCACGUUUACAAUUGAAUGGUGGCUUUUCAAAUACCAGCAUGUAUUCAUCGAUACCGCCACCAAUGUCCAUGACGGAUUCGUAUAGUUCCAUGACAUCAAUGUCAUCAUUCGGACAUCCACAUCCUGGUUCAACGUCUGGUUUAAUGCCAGGUGGUGCAGUAGGACUUGGUACAGGUAUGUCAUCUAGUCCUGGUGCGUGCCUUCAACAGCGUGACAAUCCAGCAGUAAGUGGUGGAAUGGGUGGUGUAACUAGUGGAUAUUCUUGUAUGACACGUCCACCAACAUACGAUCAUCUAGGGCUUGGCUAUGGUACACGACCUUCACCAUGUAGUCCGACGCAACCAUAUCAGAUGAAUGGACAUCAAUAUAAUACAAAUGGAUCGUCUUCAACAGGACUCAUCUCACCUGGUGUUUCAGUACCUAUAGCUGUUCCAGGACAACCUUCUGAUAUGGCUUCACAGUACUGGCCCCGUAUACAGUGACCUUGGUGGGCGUAAAUAGCCCAAUAACCAUAAACAUUUGUAUUAUUAUAAUUAUGUCGUACACAACAAUUUUCACAUACCAAAAAAUUCAUC